AUGUGCUUUAUUAGCUUGAGUAGAUAUCUUGGAGUAAGAAAUCCCUUAGCUACUAGACAUAAAGCUACAAAACGAGCUGCAUUAAUAAAGAUUUGUAUAGCUUGGUGCUUAGCAGCUUUGGUAUCAUCUUCAAUAACAGCCCUUGGGGCUGCAGAUUCAAGAAAUAUAAUGCCCGAACCUUACCAAUGUGUCAUCAACAACAGAGCUUUCUUUGUUUUGGGCUCCAUCGUUGCAUUUUAUGCCCCUAUGGUGGUCAUGGUGGCAGCUUAUGGACUCACGGUGAGAUUACUUCGCAAAAAAGCAAGGUUUGCUGCCGAGCAUCCACAAGCAGAAUUAUUCCGAAGAUUAGGCGGAGGAUAUUCUACUAAAAGGCCAUUGAACGAUGCUACAUCCCAGAGGACACUUUGGAAAACAAAUGGUAGUGAAAGAGCACGAAUAGCUUGUUCAUUUGAUGAUUUUGGAAUAAGUAGAGGUGAUCAAGGCGAAAAUAGAUUUAAGGAAGCAGCUCUAGGCCCUGCUCUUCUUCUACCACUCAGAUUUCUAGGAAGGCGUCCACGUCGUGGAGAACUAUCAGCAAAUGCUGUCGCCACAGAACAAAAAGCAACAAAGGUCUUAGGCGUAGUCUUCUUCGCCUUCGUCUUCUUGUGGACACCAUUCUUCGUCCUCAACAUCGUCUUUGCGGCUUGCCCGAAUUGUAACGUUCCCGAACGGGUUGCCGACGCCUGCCUAUGGCUAGGAUACGUCAGUUCUUGUGUAAAUCCUUUGAUUUACACAAUUUUCAAUGGAGCUUUCAGAGAAGCAUUUUGGAGACUUUUGAAAUGCGAUUGCAGUAAAAAUGAAGGCAGAAGAAGACUGUAUAGGGGUACUAACAGCGACAGCAGAAUUUGA